AUGGGAAGCAGCUUCAAGAUUCCGUACAUCGAGACGCCGUUGGUCAAGUCGGCCAACUUGUCCCGCGCUGCAGGCUGCAAUGUCUACCUGAAACUGGAGAAUCUGCAGCCGUCUGGCUCCUUCAAGUCGCGUGGCAUCGGCUACUUCAUGGUCGAGCAGCUCAAGGCCCUACGCGCCGCCCCCGGCGCCUCGUCCGCCUCUGCGCACUUUUACUCGUCGUCUGGCGGCAACGCCGGCCUCGCCUGCGUGCAUGCCGCUCUCACGCUCGGCUGCCAAGCCACAGUCGUCGUGCCGCUGUCGACGACGGAAUUCAUGAUCGGCAAGCUGCGGGAGGCGGGCGCGACGGACGUGGUGCAGGUGGGCGCGUCGUGGCAAGAGGCCGACGACCACCUGACGGGGACGCUGAUGCCGGCCGCGCAGGCAGCCGGGGAGUCGCCCGUGUACGUGCCGCCUUUUGACGCGCAGGGCAUCUGGGACGGCAAUGCGGGCAUCACGCGAGAGCUACUAAAGCAGAUUGGCGCCACAGUCAGUCACUACCCGGUGACGUCGGCGGCGACGGUUGGGCUGCAGGCCGCGGACACGAUGCCGAACAUUGACGCCAUUGUGUGCAGCGUCGGCGGCGGCGGACUGUUCUCGGGCAUCAUGCAGGGCGUCGAGGAGUACGGCAUCCAGCACCGCACGCGGGUCAUUGCCGUGGAGACGGAGGGCGCCGACGCGCUGAGCCAGUCGGUGCAGAAGAUGGAGCUGGUGACGCUGCCGGGCAUAACGAGCCUGGCGACGAGCUUGGGUGCCAGGAGGGUCUGCAAGCAGGCGUUUGAGUAUGGUCUAAGGGACAAUGUGUCGACGGCGGUGCUGUCAGACGCGGAUGCGAUUCGCGCAUGCAGGAGGUUCGCGGACGAGGAGCACUACGUGGUGGAGCUGGCGUGCGGUGUGUGCGCGGCGCUGGUGUACAAGGGGCAGCUCAAGGACCACAUUCCCGGGUUCAACGAGAACUCGACGGUGGUGAUUGUAGUGUGUGGCGGCAGCAACAUGUCGUAUGAUAUCAUGGAAAAGUACAUGGCUGAACUGCAAUAA